AGGUUAAAUUAGUGUUUCAUCAAUUAACGACAUAUUCGUGAUCAUAUUGACGAUUAUUGAUAUCAAUUUUACGAUUUAGUUACAUAAACGAUCACAAUAUGGUUGUCUUUACUUGUAGCCAUUGUGGUGAUACGUUGCAAAAACCCAAAGUGGAUAAACAUUAUCAAUUUAAAUGCCGAAAUACACCUUUCCUCACUUGUGUAGAUUGCUUAAAGGAUUUUCGAGGAGAGGAAUAUGUUGCACAUACUAAAUGCAUAACUGAAGCUGAGCGAUACAGCGGAAAAGAUUACGUUCCAAAACCGAGCGCAAAUAAAGGUGAACGCAAACAGCAAGAAUGGAUUGGCGUUGUUAACAAUUUGCUAAAUGGACCAACAGAUUUAUCCAAUGCAGAAAGAAAUUUUCUCAACUCCUUAUCAAAAUAUGAAAACAUACCAAGAAAGAAACCUAAAUUCCUCAAUUUUAUACGUAAUGCAAUGGGUAAUCGUGUAAAUACGAAUGUUUUGGAAAAUGUUUGGAAUAAAAUGGAGAAUGCACAUAAACAAAAUCAACAGUCUGUUUCAAGGGAGAGAGAUGUGCAGACCGUACAGACUCGGGAAGAAAAUAAUGCGAAUGACAGAACAUCAAAUCAAAACAUGGAUUCCAAUAAUUUACUGGACACGGAGAACAUUAUUGAGAAUCAAAAUAACGAGAAUAUAUAUAAAGAAAAUAAUUCUGCGGAGUGUCAAAAUGGAAAUAAUGAAGCCCAUGAAAUUAAUGGCAAUGAUACAUGUGAAAAGCGAACAAAAUCUAAAAAACGAUCAUUGAAAUCAAAGAAUGUUCAAAUAACAGAGGAAAAUGAACCUGUUGCCAAGAUUUCAAAAACAUCCAGUUUAGAAGUAAAUGCAAAUGACAGUGAAAGUGCUGUGUUUGAUUGGAAAAAUAUUAUUUUAACCAUUGUACAAAAUAAAGGUGAAGUAUCUUUAAAAAAAUUACAGAGCAAGAUUAUUAAAAAAUAUACAAAUCACAUUUGUAAUUUGAGUGACAUAUCUAAGCUGACUGAUGAAGAGCACGAGAAAGCUAUUGCAAAGUUUAACAAAGCAUUGAAAAAACUGAAAAAAACAUUUGCAUUAUGCAUCUUAGAAGAUAAGGUGAAAUUAUCUUAAUAGUGAAAUUAUCAAACCUGUCCAUCUAUGUAUUACUUUUAUAUAGAAUAAACCAGAUAAAACAUUUAAA